AUGGCGGCCGCCGCCAUCGUGGCCGCCUUCGCUGCUGGGGCGUUCGUGGCACUGCCGGCCUCGGGGCCAGCCGCCAGGCCGCGGCAGCUGCGCUCCCCGGCCGCGGCAGCUGCGGAGGUGGCCGCGGCGCCCCGCCCAGCCUCUGCCGCGCCGGCGGCGGCCGAGGCGGAGGAGGCCGCCUCCCCGCUGAGGUGGCUGAGCGCGGGCCUGCUCGCCGGGGUGGUGCUCGCGGCGUGCUCGUCGCCCGCGGAGGCCCUGGACCGGGACAGCAACGCGGUGAGGCCCACGCUGGACAAGUUCACGAUCAAGGCCGCGAAGUACCUGGAGCUGUGCAAAGACAACAAGAAGUACGCCAAGAAGUGGAAGGACAAGUUCUUCAAGGUCGACUCGAAGCUGAAGAAGUACCCUCAGGACACCGCCGUCUACAACCGCCUGCUGAAGAAGAAGGCGGGCCUGGUGAGGCGCAAGGAGGCGUACGGCGAGCGCCUCUGCGGCAAGAAGGACGGCGUCCCGCGCACCAUCGCCACCGGCGAGUUCGUCCGCGGAGGCAUCAUCCCGUCUUCGCUGGCUUUCAUCUACACCACUGGCUGGAUUGGCUGGGCCGGGCGCAGCUACCUGCGCCGCACGCUGGAUACCAAGAAGGAGAUCAUGAUCGACGUGCCCCUGGCGCUCACGUGCAUGGCCAGUGGCUUCGCUUGGCCGACGUACGCGUGGCAGGAGAUCGUCAACGGAGAGAUGGUUGCCAAGGACGAGGCCGCCUGCGUCCCGCGCUCUUGCCGCCCGCCGCUGGCUGGGCCGCUGCAGGGCCACGCGGGCGAUGCCGAGUCGUGGGAGCUGGUUGCGUACACCUGGGACGAGCUGAGCCAGUUCUACAAGGGGAAGUACAAGAAGAAGGAGAUCGAGGCCUACUGGGAGACUUGCAAGCCCGCGAAGAGGGCCAAGUCGAAGGCGAAGUCCAAGGCCGAGCCGAAGGCCAAGACCAAGGCCAAGGCCAAGGCGAAGGCCGAGGCUGAGCCGAAAGCCAAGGCAAAGGUGAAGGCCAAGGCCAAGGCCACCACCGCCGUGAAGGCCAAGGCGAAGGCCAAGCCCAAGGAGACCAAGCCUGCCGGGAACUUCAAGGUCGUCGUGUGCGGCGGCUGCGGCGGGAUCGGGCAGCCGAUGGCCCUGCUGAUGGCGAUGGACAAGAACGUGAAGGAGCUCUGCAUAUACGACCUGGACAUCUCUCCGAUGCCACCGGCUGGCGUGGCGCAGGACCUGAUCCACCUGGAAAGGAAGUGCUCGGUGAAGGGCUACGUCGGGAAGGUCAACGAGCCCCCGGUGAACUUCAUGGAGGAGCCCCUCACGGGGGCGCACCUGGUGCUGAUCCCCGCAGGCCUGCCGCGCAAGCCGGGGCAGACCAGGGACGACCUUUUCAAGGUCAACGCGGACAUCGCCAAGGGCAUCGUCGAGGCCUGCGCCAAGUACUGCCCCGAAGCCAUCCUGGCCAUGAUCGUCAACCCCGUCAACUCCAUCGUGCCCGCCAUGGCGGAGCUCUACAAGAAGAAGGGCCUGGACCCUAUGAAGGUCAUCGGCGUGACGACGUUGGACGUCGUGCGCGCCAACAAGUUCGUGUCCGAGGAGACGAACAAGAAUCCGAAUUACAUCAGCGUGCCCGUCAUCGGCGGCCACGCUGGGGCGACCAUCCUGCCUGUGUUCUCGCAGGAUAAGGCGGGCAAGCUGCUGCCAGCCGAGAAGGUGCCUGACAUGGACAAGCACGUGCAGGACGCCGGCACCGACGUCGUGAACGCGAAGAAUGGGAAGGGCAGCGCCACGCUCUCCAUGGCGUACGCAGGCGCCCGGUUUGGCUCCGCGAUCCUGGCGGGCCUCUCUGGGAAGAAGCGCACGGAGUGCGCCUACUGCGCGUCUACGGUCACGGACCUCCCGUACUUUGCGCAGAAGGUCGUGCUCGGCUCCACCGGCAUCGAGAAGGUGCUUCCGCUCGGGGAGCUCAACGAGCACGAGACGAAGCGCCUGGAGGAGGUGAAGACGCAGCUGAAGGGCGAGAUCGACACUGGGCUGAAGUAUGCGGAGGGCAACGCCCUGGCCUGA